AGACCCGCCUUCUUCUGCCGUUACGUGUUUCCGGGAGACGGCCUUCCUUCUUCCCGGCACACGUAAACAUGGCGCCCCCCAUCCCUCUGCUAGCAGUGCGUGGGUCAGAUGGUACGGCUCUGCUCUCUGGUCCUCCCACAUGUGAGGAACACUCAUCCUUUCAGAGGGACUCCAGGAGCAGCAGGUGUGUGACCUUCAGUAGAGAUGGGACUCUGUUCGGCUGGUGCAACGGACAAAAUGUCUCCGUGGUGAAGUCUUCAGACGUCUCCGUGGUAACCUCCCUAAAUCUCCCGAAGACGUCUCUGUUGGACAUCUCUCCUCUCAACACCAUCCUGGUCACCUGGCAACCGUACAGCAAGGCCCAGGACAGUGCUCAGGGUGAAGCUAACCUCCAGCUGUGGGACUUACAGAGCGGUCAGCUGAUCAAAGCUCUCUAUCAGAAGAAGAUGGAGUCAUGGUGUCCCAGCUGGUCUGAAGACGAGAAGCUCGCCGUGCGGAUCGUCAACAACGAGCUGCACUUCUACGAGAACAACGACUUCCAAACCAUCGCCAACAAGCUCCACAUGCAGAAGGUGUCUGACUUCGUGUUGUCUCCUGGAGGACAGCCCAGCAAGGUGUGCGUCUACGUCCCCGGCAGUAAAGGAGCUCCAUCGUUUGUGCGUCUGUACCAGUACCCGGUGCUGGGGGGCCCCACCGCGGCCCUCGCCAACAAGAGCUUCUUCAAGGCCGACAGAGUCAGCAUGGUCUGGAACAGAAAGGCGUCUGCUGUUCUGGUGACGGCGAGUACGGAGGUGGAUAAAACCGGCGCUUCUUAUUACGGCGAGCAGACGCUUCAUUACCUCGCCGUCAACGGAGAGACAGCUCUGGUCCAGCUACAGAAGAAGGGGCCGAUCUACGACGUGGUCUGGAGUCCCGGCUCGGCUGAGUUCUGCGUGGUCUACGGCUUCAUGCCGGCUAAAGUCACCGUCUACAACCUCAAGUGUGAUCCGGUGUUUGACUUCGGGACCGGACCCAGAAACGCUGCUUACUACAGUCCUCAGGGUAACAUCCUGGUCCUGGCUGGUUUCGGGAACCUGCGUGGACAGAUGGAGGUCUGGGACGUCAAGAAGUACAAACAGGUGUCCAAACCCCAGGCGCCGGACGCCACGCAUUUCUCCUGGUGUCCCGAUGGCGAGCACGUUGUCACGGCAACGUGUGCCCCGCGGCUGCGCGUCAGUAACGGUUAUAAGAUCUGGCACUACACGGGCUCGGUGCUGCACCGCGAGGAGACCCCCGCCGGCAGCGAGCUGUGGGAGGUCCGCUGGCAGCCCUUCCCCGAGGGGAGCUUCCCCGAGAGGCCCGUCAAGUACCAGGCAGCACCCAGCGAGCUCGGCACCACACAGGCCCCGCCCACUCAGGCCUACCGCCCCCCCGCACUCAGACACCUGCCGGCCACGCCCAGCAGCAAACUGCAUGAGGAGGAGCUCCCCCAGAACCAGCGUCCGGUGGCCCCCGGAGAGAAAGGUCUCUCUAAGUCGGCUCUGAAGAACCAGAAGAAACGAGAAGCCAAGAAAGCUGCCAAACAGGAGGCGAAGCCUGAACCUGAAGCUCCGUCUGAUCCCGCCCCCGUCAGCAACAGCCAAUCAGAGCCGAGCAGCGGAGACCCCGAGACCGACAAGAAGAUCAAGAACCUAAAGAAGAAACUGAAAGCCAUCGAGGAGCUCAAGGAUCAGCAGGCUUCUGGAAAAGUCCUGCAGAAGAACCAGCUGGAGAAGCUCCAGAAGGAGGAUCAGCUGCUGAAGGAGCUGGAGGAUCUACAGAUCGGACAGUAGGGGGGCUACAGGCCACGCCCCCCUCCCUGUACACACACACACACACACACACACACACACACACACACACACACACACACACACACACACA